AUGGGACUACCAGGGGGCCCCUUGGGACCAUACCAGGGCCAAAGGACUACAAGGAGGCUACCAGGGCCAGGGUAUUACAAGGGGGCCCGUAGGGUUGCUGUGGGACUAUCAGUGCCAAGGGCCCCAUGGAAAUACAAAGGGCCCCCAGGGGUUCAAUGGGACUGCCAGGGAUUCCCAGGCCUAAGGGAACUACCAGGGGUCCAACAGGAGCCCUACCAGAGAACUAACAGGAGCCUCAUGGGACUACUAGGGCAGGGGCCCCAAGGGACUGCCAGGGGGCCCCCAGGGAGCAUAACAGGGCCAGAGGACUACCAAGGCCAGGGGACUACCAGUGCUCCCAAGGGCCCUACCAGGGCUAAGAGGAAUACCAAGAUGCCCCAUGGGCCCAGAGAACUAACAGGGACUUAG